AUGGCCCGACCUUGGUGGGGCUGCUGCCCCUGGCUUGUCCUUCUCUGUGCUUGUGCCUGGGGCCACCCAAAGCCAGCAGACCUUGGAAGACAGGAUGUGAGAAACUGUUCCACCAGCCCUCCGUAUCUCCCGGCUACGGCGGUCAACACCACUGUGCAGCUCGCAGCCCUCCGCCAACAGUUGCAGGUCUGGAAUCUCUCCGCAUAUAUCAUCCCAGAAGCGGACGCCCACAUGAGCGAGUACGUUGGCGACCAUGACAAGAGGCGUGCGUGGAUGACAGGCUUCACAGGGUCCGCAGGAAUGGCUGUGGUGACGCUGGCGAAAGCCGCUCUCUGGACUGACAGUCGCUACUGGACGCAGGCUGAGAGGCAGAUGGACUGCAACUGGGAACUCCAUAAGGAAGUUGAUACCAUUGACUGGCUCCUUGAGGAGAUUCCUGCUGGAGGGCAAGUGGGCUUUGACCCCUUCCUCUUCUCCAUAGACUCCUGGCAGACCUAUGAACUGGCCUUCAGAGAGACAGACAAGGAGCUGGUAUCCAUCACCGACAACCUUGUGGAUCUAGUGUGGGGGGCAGAGAGGCCCCCUGUUCCCAGCCAGCCGAUUUAUGUCCUGCGGGAUGAGUUCACAGGGAGCACCUGGCAGGAAAAAGUCUCUGACAUCCGCCGCCAGAUGCAGAAGCAUCACAAGGCCCCGACGGCUGUCCUCCUGUCAGCGCUUGAUGAGACAGCCUGGCUUUUCAACCUUCGCAGCAGCGACAUCCCAUACAACCCCUUCUUCUACUCCUACACGCUGCUCACCGACUCCACCAUCAGGCUGUUUGCCAACAAGAGUCGUUUUAGUUCUGAUACACUACAGUCCCUCAACUCCGGCUGCACGGGUGCCAUGUGUGUGCAGAUUGAGGACUACAGCCAAGUCCGAGACAGCGUCCAGGCCUACGCUGCAGGGGAUGUGCGCAUCUGGAUUGGGACCAGCUUCACUACAUAUGGCCUCUAUGAAGUGAUACCCAUGGAGAAGCUCGUGGCUGAGUCCUACUCCCCUGUGAUGGUAACGAAGUCGGUGAAAAACAGCAAGGAGCAGGCCCUCCUCAGGGCCAGCCAUGUGCGGGACGCCGUGGCCGUAAUCCGGUACUUGGUCUGGCUGGAGAAGAAUGUGCCCAAAGGCACAGUGAACGAGUUCUUGGGGGCGGAGAGGGUGAACAAGCUCCGACGUGAGGAAGUCUUCUCCUCAGGACCCAGUUUUGAGACCAUCUCUGCAAGUGGCCUGAAUGCCGCCCUGGCCCACUACAGCCCCACCAAGGAGGUGAACCGCCAGCUGUCUGCCAACGAGGUUUACCUGCUGGAUUCUGGGGGACAGUACUGGGAUGGCACCACGGAUAUCACCAGGACAGUUCACUGGGGCACCCCCACUGCUUUCCAGAAGGAAGCGUACACCCGAGUGCUGAUGGGAAACAUUGACUUGUCCAGACUCGUCUUUCCUGCUGAUACCUCAGGGCGAGUGAUAGAGGCCUUCGCCCGCAAAGCCUUGUGGGAUGCUGGGCUCAAUUAUGGCCAUGGAACAGGUCAUGGCAUCGGCAACUUCCUGUGUGUGCACGAAUGGCCAGUGGGAUUCCAGUACAACAACCUGCCCAUGGCCAAGGGCAUGUUCACUUCUAUUGAACCUGGUUACUAUCACGAUGGAGAAUUUGGGAUCCGUAUUGAAGAUGUGGCCCUUGUGGUAGAAGCAGAGACCAAGUACUCAGGAACUUACCUGACCUUUGAAGUGGUAUCCCUUGUGCCUUAUGACCAGAACCUCAUUGACGUCAGCCUGCUGUCCCCUGAGCAGCUCCAGUACCUGAACGACUACUACAAGACCAUCCGGGAAAAGGUGGGCCCAGAGCUACAGAGGCGCGAGCUCCUGGAGGAGUUUGAAUGGCUGCAGAAGCACACAGAGCCCCUGGCCGCCAGGGCCUCCCCCACAGCCUCCCUAGCCGCUGUGGUGGCAGCCUCUACUCUUGCUGUUGUCGGCUGGAGUGUCUAA